AUGAAUAAUUGGCAACAUGUAUUUAAUAAUACAGCUGAUCUUUCAGUACAUUUAAAGAAACCCUACUUUCGUUAUGAUAACAAAGAAAAAGAAGUUACAAACCUAGUGUUUGAUGAUAGAGCCAAUCUGAUUUGGGCUGGUGAUACAUAUGGUUGUAUGACAGCUUACAAUCCAAAUUUUCAAAUGUAUAGUCGUUAUAAAGCUCAUAUUGGGGACGUUAAAGUGAAUGACAUCUUAACGACAAGGGAAGGUGUAUUAUCACUGAGUAGCGAUUCUGUGCAUAUGAGUAAUAGAAGAGGUGUAACGUUAUUUAAUCUUACUUGUGCAGACGUAUCCACUUUUAGUGGUUUGAGAACCAUGUGCACAAUCUCACCAGAGAAUGAGACACAAAUAUAUUGUGCUGGUGAUGUUGCCAGUUCAGGGAUUACCGGAAUUGAUUUAAAUAAAGCCAUCGUAUCAAAUUUAAUUCAUUAUCCCAACAAAGUGAAAUUUAUGAAAUCUAAUAGUAAAAUGAUUACCAUUGGACAACAAUCUGGUAAGAUAGAUUUACUUGAUCAGAAUUCUAAUCAAAUAAUUAAAUCAUUCAAUGGACAUUCAGAGACCAUAUCUUCCAUAGAUAUUCGUGGACAUACUUUAAUUACAACGGGCACUUCAAGAAGAUUUACAAGUUCAUUUGCCGAUCCGUUUGUUAAUGUGUAUGAUUUGAGAAUAAUGAGACAAUUAACACCAAUAUCAUUUUCGAAAGGUACUACAAUGGGUUCUGGUGGGGCAGAUUUUGCCGAAUUACAUCCCGUAUUACCGACUGUCAUGAUUGUCGGGUCUUACUCUGGCUCCUUUGACUUCAUAGAUCUUUCGAACCCUGCUUUACGGACCCAAUAUGUUCAUCCAGGUCAAGAGAUACGAAGUUUGAAAAUAUCUCCCAAUGGUAACUAUAUGAGCGUGUUGGAAGUAGAUAAUCAUGCUAGUCUAUGGAGUAGAACAAUGAAUACCCCAACCAUAUUCACAAACACUCAAGAGUUGCUAGAGUAUCCAGAUUUUGCGGAUGAUAGGAUAUAUCCAACACCUAUAUCCGUUGAUAAUGAGGAUUUCCCAUUAAGUAGCAUUGGCCUUCCAUAUUACCACGAAAGGCUCUUAUCCGGUUGGUCACCAGUAGUAUUCGAUAGCGAUGGUACAAUUCCUAAACAUAGUGAGCAAAAAUAUCUGCCUUUAUCAUCAGGAAAACAAAUAGCUAAUAAAGCUCAUCUAGUUUUACAAGGAUUAAAUCUGUCUUCGAAGGAAUUUCCCUUUCAUAAAUACAACAGAGAAAAAUUUGGUGCCAGGAAUGAAAUACCAAAAUACAUUAGUUUAAAGGAUGAAAGAAGAUUAUUAACGUUGCCAAUAAACAAGGAUACAAUAUUAGUGUAUAAAACUACAGACGAAACUCAAAUCCCCAAUGCAUAUUCAAAAUUACCAUUCACAUCUGGUAAAUUUGGUUCAGAUAACUUUGAUUUUAAUGCCUUUAAUAAAACUGAGCAUUCUGGGUUAGAUACAGACAUUGAUAACUUAUAUACAAAUGCCAUUCUACAACUCUACAGGUUCGUUCCAGAAAUUUACAACUUUAUAGUAGGUUGUCUAAAGGAUGAAAAUUUUGAAAUAUCGUUAUUGUUACAGCUUGGUUACCUUUAUGAUAUGAUGGGUCGUUCAAAGAAUAGGGUAUGCAGGUCAACUAAUUUCCAAGUUGCACUGAAUGCUCUUCCUGAAGCAGAAGAAGCUGGUAUAAUCGAAAGUUCCCCAAAGAGUCUAAUGUGUGAUGAAAACAGUAGUGUCCAAUGCCAUGGAACAUUAUCAAGGAGUCUAGGUCAGAAGUUUAAUAAAUUUCUACUAAGUAGAUUACGGAAUGAAGAAUUUCAAAAUAAUCGCCAUAAUACAACUUUACAACAAUGUUUUGGAAUAGACUUAAAUGUCCAAUUAAGAAGAAAGUGUAGGCAUGAUGAACGUCGCAACGAGAUUCUACCUAGUUUAACGUUAAUGUCACCCUCAAAGAAUGGCAUCAAAACAAAUGGUAGAAAAUCUCCUAACGACACUAUUUUAACUUACAUAGAAUCAUCAAUGAAACGGAUACACCAUGUAGAAAAUGUGUGUGACAAAUGUAGUAAGAAAGAUAUAGCUGAGAUAGAAAAAAUUGCUACUAAUUUACCUCCUAUAUUAUCUUUUGAACUUUUGCUAACAGACUCCGAAUGGCAAACAACAAAGAAGACAAGAAAUUGGCUGUCAAAAUCAUUCUUUGCCGCAAUGACCCCACAAGAUGCUCUCUUGAGAAAUACGUCUGCAGAACUAAAACAAUUCUCACCAAUAUUUAAAUACGAUCUAUGUGGUUAUGUCGCAAGAAUUACUGAUCCAAGUGGAUCGACGAGACUAGUCACAUACUCUAAAAUAUAUGACGGUAACACUAAUACAUUUAAAUGGUACCUUUUCAAUAACUAUUUAGUGGUGGAGAUAGAUGAGGAAGAAGCAUUAAAUACAUCACAACCAUGGAAAUGUCUGGAGAUUGUUUUAUAUUGUGACUCAGAGGAGAUAAGAAAGCCGUUCUUUUCUGUAGAUACGUAUCAGAUCGAUAGAAGUAUUUUGUUCAGGGACCAUUUUGCAGCCGGAAUUAGGGAAACAAAAAAGAAAGAAUAUACAUUACUAACCCUAGAAGAAGCACCAAAAGCUGGAACUCUAAUUGCGAUUGAUGCGGAGUUCGUUACGUUAAAUAACGAAUUAAACGAAAUUGAUUGUAAAGGAAUAAAGACUGUGAUAAAAUCAAAGAAAACUGCUCUCGCAAGACUCUCUAUUGUGAGAGGUGAAGAUGGUGAAGGUUUUGGGAAACCAUUUAUUGAUGAUUACGUUGUUAAUACCAAUCACAUUGAAGAUUACCUAACUAAAUUUAGCGGUAUUGAGCCUGGUGAUUUGGAUCCAUCUAGAAGUGACAAAACUUUAGUCACAUUAGAGGUGAUAUAUAGAAAAGUCUGGUUAUUAAUGCAACUCGGGUGUGUAUUCGUUGGUCAUGGUUUGAGCAACGACUUUAAACACAUCAACAUUAAUGUUCCAAAAGAACAAAUAAGAGAUACUGCUAUAUACUUCCUACAAGGGAAGAGAUUUUUAUCGUUAAGAUAUCUCGCCUUUGUAUUACUUGGUCAAAAUAUUCAAGAAGGUAAUCAUGAUUCAAUUGAAGAUGCAUACACUGCGUUAAUCCUUUAUAAACGGUAUCUAGUGUUAAAGGAAAAUGGGUCAUUGAAUACCGUUAUCGAUUCUCUUUAUGAAGAAGGGAGAGCAACUAAUUAUAGAGUCCCUGACUCAAAUAACAAAUUUCCCAAAAUAUGA